CUUUAGGGGUCCUUUGCGAUUGACCACUUUGCACACCCUUCGGAUCACCCAUGGAUGGAGGGAGUAUUUUUUCAGGGAGCAUGCAUAUAAUUAAUGAAGUUCCUAAUGUUUAAUUUGUCAUUUUGUUUUACCGUAGGUGAUUUGAUGAGAAUGGAUGUAAAGAUAGAGAACAACCGUUUCUCCUCCUCCUCCAUGUUUCUUCUUCUUCCUCUCAUCUCAUUGCUUCUCCUCCAAGCAAUAAUAGCAUUGGGCUCAUGUGAUCUUGGAACAGACAAACAAGCCCUUCUGGAUUUUGCUAAUACCCUUCACAAUGUUCCCCGUGGACGUCUGCGAUGGACCUCCACGGAGGCGGCCGCCGCCGACCCAAUCUGCACCUCAUGGGUCAGCGUGACCUGCAGCUCGGACCGAAGUCGGGUCGUCGAACUCCGACUUCUCGGCUUCGGGCUCCGCGGUACCAUUUCGGGAAACACCACAAUCGGGAGGCUCGACGCGCUCGAGAGGCUCGACCUCAGGAACAACUCCCUGUUCGGGGCCAUACCGCCGAACCUCAACUUCCCGCGUCUCAGGCAUCUGAACCUGAGCGGGAACCGUUUCAGUGGGCCCGUCCCCCAAUCACUCAGAGGGUUUCCUCCUUCGUCGUUCGGAGGGAACCCUCUGCUGUGUGGCGGCCUGGAUCUUGAUCUUAUCGAGACAAACGUCGUAUCACCAUGGACCGGUCCAUUGGGUCGCCGGUCGUUAAAGUCCAAGAAAAAGAAGGGACUUAGCAAGAAAACUAAACGUGAUCUUAUUAUUAUAUCAGUUGUAAUUGUGAUAUUAUUGGUAUUUCUUUGCUGCGCUCGUGAUAUGUUAAAAAGAAUAGCAUUAUUGGCCGCAUGCGAUAUUACAACAGACAAACAAGCCCUUUUAGAUUUUGCUAAUACUCUUCACAAUGCUCCCCGUGGACGUCUCGGAUGGACCUCCACGGAGGCGGCCGCCGCCGACCCAGUCUGCACCUCAUGGGUCGGCGUGACCUGCAGUCCGGACCGAAGUCGGGUCGUCGAACUCCGACUUCCCGACUUCGGGAUCCGCGGUACUAUUUCUGGAGACACCGCAAUCGGGAGGCUCGACGCGCUAGAGAAGCUCGACCUCAGGAACAACUCCUUGUUUGGGGUUUUGCCGCCGGGCCUCAACUUCCCGCGCCUCACGCAUCUGAACCUGAGCGGCAAUUGUUUCAGUGGCUCCAUUCCCGCAACACUCAGAGGGUUUCCUCCUUCGUCGUUCGGGGGAAACCCUCUGCUGUGUGGGCCGCCGCUGACACAGAACCGGUGUCGUGACAAACAAGCCCUUUUAGAUUUUGCUAAUACUCUUCACAAUGCUCCCCCUGGACGUCUGGGAUGGACCUCCACGGAGGCGGCCGCCGCCGACCCAAUCUGCACCUCAUGGGUCGGCGUGACCUGCAGCUCGGACCGAAGUCGGGUCGUCGAACUCCGACUUCCCGGCUUCGGGCUGCGCGGUACUAUCUCGGGAGACACUACAGUCGGGAGACUCGACGCGCUGGAGAAGCUCGACCUCAGUAACAACUCCCUGUCCGGGCCUAUACCGCCGAACCUCAACUACCCGCGUCUCAAGCAUCUGAACUUGAGCAGCAAUCGUUUCAGUGGCACCAUUCCCGUAUCACUCAGAGGGUUUCCUCCUUAGUCAUUCGGAGGAAACCCUCUGUUGUGUGGACCGCCACUGACGCAUCAUUGUGGCGGUCUAGAUCUUCCUCUGGUUGAGACACGUCAUUUCAUAUCCCCACUAGCCGGUUCAUUGGGUCGUCGGUCAUUAUUAAACCCGGCAGUUGGCAAUGG